CUCCAAUUGUAUAAAUUCCAUGUGAGGAAUCACCAUACGUACAUAGCCUUAAUUGAUGCCCACUUCACCCACCCAAUAACUCAAAAAAGAACGAUGACAGUGACAACUUGAAACCCCAUUAUAAAUUCCGCCACUUGACAGUUCCUGCCAAGUCAUCCAUUAUUAACACCGCUGCUUGUGCCGGCCACGCAACCCGAGCCAUUUUCAAACACUCCCAGCAGCUUUUCAGUGAAGAAAAGGACACAGAAGAAGGUGGGAAGGUGAACGGAAAGGGGAAAAGAUGACGGGAGGAUACUAUUUCCACAGAGAUGUGCUGCCGUUUGUAGCCAUGGUCAGCUUGAACAUCAUCAACGUUGGGAUCAAUACGCUCUUCAAAGCUGCAACAGUGGAGGGGAUGAGCAACCAUGUCUUCGUCGCCUAUGACUAUGCCAUCGCUUCUCUUGUUCUUCUUCCUGCUCCUUUCCUCUCCAAAAGGUCGAGUGUUCUUCCUCCUUUGAGCUCCUCAGUUGUGUGCAAAAUUGGCCUCCUCGGGCUCAUAGGGAGUUCAUCACAAAUCAUGGUGUACACUGGAAUCAACUACAGUUCUCCAACUCUUGCGUCCGCCAUUGGCAAUCUCACUCCAGCUUUUACUUUCCCGUUUGCCGUCAUUUGCAGGAUGGAAAGAGUUGCGAUUAGAAGAUCAUCCAGCCAGGCCAAAAUCCUAGGCACAAUAGUGGCAAUAGCAGGUGCAUUUGUGGUGACCCUCUAUAAGGGUCCCCCCAUUUUCGCGUCAGAAUCUCCAUCACCAACUAAACUGAAUUAUCAAUCAUCCCUUCUUCAGUCAUCAACAGCAACUACGCAAGGACAUUGGGUACUCGGUGGGAUGUGUCUCACCGUGAAGUAUAUACUUGACCCUUUGUGGUACAUUGUAGUGACACAGAUAAUGAAGGAGUACCCUGCAGAAUUCACAGUGAUCUUCUUCUACAAUGUAAUUGUCUGCAUCAUAACAUCAGUUUUUGCUCUGAUCACUGAAGGAACAACAUCAAGUGCCUGGAUAUUCAGCAGUAGAACAGCAAUAGCAUCGGUUUUCUGCUCGGGAGUGCUUGGAUCGUGCUUGAGCAAUGGUGUGGACGCAUGGGUGUUGCGGCUCAAGGGGCCAGUAUUUGUGUCCUCGUUCAAACCUUUCGCGAUGAUUGUAGCUGUUGCCAUGGGAGUAACGCUUCUUGGUGACAUUCUGCAUCUAGGGAGCCUGAUUGGAGCAAUAACCAUUGCAAUUGGGUUCUACAUGCUGAUGUGGGGAAAGGCCAAAGAGGAAGAUGAUGACACCAUCCCACAACAGAACAGUCACCAUGUUAGUAGUACCCUCGAACCUCAAUCCAACGAGAAGGUACCUUUACUGCAAAAGCUGAACCAGUAGGGAAUCACCAUUCAAGGUGUAGUUGAAAACAGCAGCAGAAGCUGCCGAUUGGUCCGCAUCCAAGAUUAAAUGCAGGGUGGUAUCUAAUAACCUAGUAUGACCUGUAAAUAUAGACGCCGGGUGCUUGUUCCAUGAAAGCCAAUUUGCAAAGAAGUAAAGCCAAUAAUUGAAAUUUGGAAGGCCAUCAAGUGGAACUCUUUCCUCUGUUCCAGAAGGGUUGGAGGGAGAGAAAGAACUGACCUGGCUGUGUAGAACUUCUACCGUAGAAGUGCGAAAUGCUUUGCCGUUGCCGGAAUAGUUCGUUCCGAACUUGAUGAAAGAACGAAUGCUAGAGGCAGGCAGGUGGUAGAGCCUUGCCGGCUGCUGAAUGGGCCGGGUGGUGCAAAUCGUGGUUUGCGAUUGUGAGUUUCAUUUGUUCCCUUUUGGACAUAGUUCUAUGGGCCUGCUAGCUAGGCUUGAAGCCUGAUCACCUAUGAGCUAUGGUCCAAUAUUAACGUUUUUUUGGGUUCUGUAGUGUAGUUAGUUACCCCGAUCUCUUUCACUUAAUGUACGUGAAAAGAUUAGUUACCACUUACCACUUAUACUACGG